AUGGCAUUUACUCUUGAUCACUCUAAUGAGGAGUACUUUGAGUUUGACUCCUCUUCAGAGAUCCUGGAAAUAUCUACCUCGUCUUACAUUAGCUCAAACAGUGCUGAUGAUGAGGAUAAUGAGGAAGAUGCAAAGCCGUAUACCCUGGAGGAAGGUACAAAAGAGCGGGAUUUGGAGUUGGCAGCUCGUAUUGGCCAGUCCCUGCUGAAAAAGAACAAAACCCUCAGCGAGAGGAACACCUUCCUGGAGGAGCAGGUGGAGCACAUACGAGAAGAGGUGUCUCAGGUGCGUCACGAUCUGUCGAUGAAGGAGGAACUCCUGCAGUUCUACACAAGUGCAGCUGAGGAGAGUGAUGGAGAGUCUGCUUCUAGCACACCUAUUCGCAGAAAUGACUCGUCUUUUACAGUCCCGAAUUACCUCCCUCUAGAUUCACUACAGAAGAAACUCUUUGACCUGGAGGAAGAGAACAUCGUCCUGCGAUCAGAGAAAAAAGCCAAAUCUUAUGCACUAGAAAAUGAAGAGCUCACCCAGCACCUGGGAGCUGCUAAAGAUGCCCAAAGAGCACUAACAGCAGAGCUGAGGGAGCUGGAGGAUAAGUAUGCUGAAUGUAUGGAGAUGCUUCAUGAAGCUCAGGAGGAACUGAAGAACUUCAGGAAUAAAACGCUGCCUCUAAGUACACCGCGACGAUUCCACUCACUCGGCCUCUUCCCCAUGGACUCUUUAGCUGCUGAAAUUGAAGGCUCCAUGAGAAAAGAGAUUCAGAUGUCUGAUCCAGACGUAGAGGAACAAAGGUUGCACCCUAAACGUGUCUUUGAGACAGUGCGUAACAUCAACCAGACUGUUCGGCUGUGCUCCAUGGGCCCGUCCCCCAUGAACAUCCCAGGGUCCAAUCAAACAUCCUGUACGAAUUCCAGGCGUUCUAGUUGUCUGAGCACACCCCGUUCGAGCAUGUACGGAGGGGACGGUGUUGAAAUGGACAACCGCACUAACAGUAUGCUGAUGGAAACCCAGUCACAUCAGGACGGCUCUGAUGACUCCAACAGAAAGCCUGGCACGCCUGGCACACCCGGCUCUCGUGACCUGGAGGCGGCACUGCGUCGUCUUUCCCUUCGACGGGACAACUACAUUAGCGAGCGGCGUUUCUUUGAGGAGGAGAGAGAGCGUAAACUCAAUGCCCUGGCAGAAGAGAAGAGCGAAUUAUACGAGGAGAGAGAUGGUGGGAGUGGCAGUGAAGACGGCAGCCCCCUCACUCCGGCAGACAGCAUCAUGUCUCUGGGCACCCUGCACUCGGUUUACUCCAUCUACAGCAUUACUGAUAAGCAGGAAGAGCAGCUCAGAGAAAAUGGAGGGACCCCUGGAGUGGGGUCAGAUCGAAUGGAGGCUGUAGAGAAGGAGGUCUUAUCUGUUCAUUUCCCUGGUAAAUGUAUGUCUCACACCAGCUCCACAUACACCUUCACCACCUGCAGGAUCCUGCAUCCUACAGAUGAACUCACCAGAGUCACACCCAGUCUUUUGUCAGGUCCAUCACCGGCUUCCUGUGUGAUGUCCAACAGCAGUCUGCGCUCAACCCCUGUGUCCACUCCCUGCACGCCUCGUCGCCUCAGCCUGGCGGAGAGUUUCACCAACCUCCGCGACUCAACCAAGACCACCAGUACCUCCCUGGGACUAGUACGCCUCCUACAGGAGAGAGGCAUAUCUGCUGCUGUCUAUAACCCUCUCAGUUGGGACCGGGCGGAUCGAGCCCCUCCACCAGACCCCUGUUCCUCACACACUGCCACCCCCACGCACACCGGCCCAGACACGCUCCCCUCCACCCCUCCAAACUCCCCCAGCAAAUCCAAACCCACCAGUCCUGUGUUCCCUGUAGACUACAGCCCCUCAGACCCCCCCUACGAAACCUUUCUGGCUUCACGGCCAGCCAGCUCAAUUCUGAAGGAAGUGCGGGAGGCAGACGAAAGGGCUCGGAAAGACACACCGUGUCAGAGUGAAGUCAGUGUGCAGAACUUGAGACUUGUGGACAAGGUGAAGAAGUUUAGCCUGGCUCCCAGAAAUUUGACCCCAGGGAUGGGAAGGCCGGCACCGCCAUUUGGGGCCCACACUGUUGUAACUUCCCCUAUAGGAGGACUGCAAGUGCUGAACUCAGGGAUGAGAAGAAACCGCAGUUACCCAGCUAUGGUUGGGGCUAGUAUGGCUAUGAAGGGCCCGGGGCCUUCCAGUGAGGACCUGAUGUUGGCCCCUGGGCCACCCAGACAAACUAGCCUCAAUGAAAAGUGAAUGUUGCCUCUCUGUCGUCCCCUUUUGCCUUUCAUUUAUUUGUAAUUUGAAUUGAUACAGUAUAUCAUCCCUGCGACAACUCGAGUGCCUGUUAUUAAGAUGAUAUUUGUAUAGAUUAUUUUGUUAUAACAAUUGCUAUAACAACCUAUUUUGUCUCUGUCCAUCUGACCAACAUAUACAGAACAAUUCAUUCAGCAUCGUCUCAUAUCUUGGUAUAUUCCAAGCUUGUGUGGAAAAAAAAAAAAAAAAAAGGAAUUUGCACUUGCUAACUGCGAGAAAAUGUAGCAUAUGAAGAGAGCAGAAAAUUCAUGCCCCAAAAUUACUUUGUUUAAGCACUUUUUGAAUUUCAAAUCUACUCGAGGAUAAGCAAGAAAGUGUCUUUUUUGUUGUUGUUGUAAAUCUGGUCUUCCCAUGUGACAUUUCAAAAUUGGUUCAUUUCGUGAUGCUAGCAAGAGCACAGAUAGCACCUUAAUGCUAAUGGUAGCCUAGACAAUUAAGUUAUGUCAUUUAUUAUUGAUUUUUAGGUCAGAAUUAACUUUUUAAUGGCCAUGUUGUAGUGCUUUAAAUCAGCCCCUAUAGUGUGCCGAAAAUCUGUAAAACAUGCUUUUAUUAGUACAAAUA